AUGAAGGAAAUAUCUGAAGUGAAAGAUAUGAUGGAUGGGUUUCAUGCUUCCAACAAAUUUUUGAUCCACGGUUUGCGUGAAAUCGCCUCGCGACUUGUGGUAGAAGAGCAAACUCUUAGUCAUAAUCUUAAAUCUCACCCACAACAGGAAAACCAUCAAGUGACUACAAUACGGUCACUCAUUCUACCUACCUAUGUGGAGGAAAAUGAGGUUGGCCGACAAUAUGUAGAUGAAUUGGCCUUGGAAUUCAGUACUCUGACCCAUUUACCUUUUGAAAACCUCACAUUGGUUGAAGAAGAAGAAAGUCUUGGUAUGUUUGCAGUCCGGCCACCUGUUUCACCAACUUUCCUAGAGGAAAAGGAAGUUAGUCGGGAAUAUGUGGAUAAGAGAGAAGUGGACGAGUCAGCCUUAGAGUUGAAAACUCAAAUCGACUUUACUAUUGAAACUCUCACGUUGGUUGAGGAAGAAAAAUUCACCCAAGAGAAUGCGAUCCAACAAACGGUCAAGGUUGAACACCAAAAUAUGACCCAACUUGAUACAUCCAUUCUUGAGAUUAAGGACCCACAAGAUCAAAAAGAGAAAUGUCUUAACACAACCCAACCUGAAGCAGUGAUAAUAGACAUGGUUGUAGGGGACCAGUCAGAUGUGAUUAGACCACAAUUAGAAAUGGUCAAGUUUAUCAAACCCCAACAAAAGGCCAAGUCCGGCCAAUCAAGUGGACUUGGGGGGGCAAGAAAAUUCGGCCAGCAUAAGGAAAAAAUAGUUAUGGUUGUACCAAGGUGA